AUGGUAUGUUAUCCAGAUUGUAGUCAGAAGAAUCACAAUCAUAAAUCAACGACCUGGUGUCUAUGUGGAGAAAAUGUUGGUACAGUUAGAAAGAGUGAGUCACCCGUUGUGAAUUGUGCUACUACAGCUCGAAAGAGCGAGUUGGCAGGUAGGAAUAAUGCACUAAAUUCAAUUCAAUCAAUAAAUCCAUCCGUCGAAAAAGAAAUCAAAGACUUAAUAAAAAAUGCGGAAAGCCAACAACAACAUGAUGAAUUACUACCGUUACUAUAUCGCUUUCAAGCAAUCUUUGACACCACAAAACACAACAUUGCAAAAACAUCGAUCAGUCAUAUAAUAAACAUAAUGCCACAUUCACCACCAGCAUGUCGACCGCAUCCACAACCAAGACAUGAAGAAGCACUAUAUAAUAUAAUUCAAGAAUUUCUAAAAGCUGGUUUGAUCACUGAAUCAUCCUCUCCAUAUGCAGCAUCAGUCAUGCUAGUUGAUAAAGGCGAUGGAAAAAAGAGAUUAGUAGUUGAUUAUAAAAAGUUAAAUCGUGUAACAAUCAAAGAUUCAUCACCAAUGCCGAAUAUGGAAGAAACUAUCAGAAAAUUGGGAAAACGAUACAAUUAUUUUUCCAAACUUGAUUUGAAAUCAGGAUUCUAUUUGAUAUUCUAUCAAAUCCCAAUCAGAGAGGCCGACAAAGAAAAAACUGCGUUCGUGACACCAUUUGGUCAUUAUCAAUUCAAUGUUUUACCAAUGGGUCUAAAGAAUUCCCCCCCAACGUUUCAAAAAGUUAUGAACAGCACACUGAAACAUUGUCGAUCAUUUUCUCUGGUAUAUGUGGAUGAUAUAAUCGUCUUUUCACACACAUUUGAAGAACAUUUAAAUCAUUUACAACAAGUAUUUAGUACACUAAAUGAUAAACAGAUUGUGUUAAGUCCACCGAAAUGUGUGAUUGCUGUUCAAAAAAUAGACUAUCUUGGUCAUACAAUAACUAAAGACACUAUCACUCCCCGAAAUGAAAAAAUUGAAGCGAUUCUUGAUAUUCCAGAGCCCAAAACUUUAUCACAAGCAAACAAAUUCAUAGGUGCAACUGGUUGGUAU